CCUCGACCAGCUUGUACUUCUCCGUCGCGAUGGCCAGCGUGCAAGCAUGCGUAUAUUGCUGUUGGACGUGCUAGUACCUGACGCAUAACUCGUCAGGCCCCUUUUGCAAGCCUCUAUAGCUCCCUCGUCCGUCUUAACCUCCCACCACCGCCACCAUGCCCGCCACCCAUGCGCAGCCGAGGAGGAGCAAUGCGCAGAUUGCCCUUGGCGUCUGGGGUAGCUUGAGCUGGCUCGACCGCCUUCUGUCCCUCUUCAUCCUCAUCGCCAUGGUCCUCGGCGUGCUGAUUGGCGAGUUCGCGCCGCAGGCCCGCGAGCGUCUCGCUGGCACCGGCGCAGGCACACUGCAGGGCGUCUCAGCGCCGCUCGUUGUCGGCCUGCUCGUCAUGAUGUGGCCGAUCCUGACCAAGGUCCAUUACGAGCGAUUCCCCCAGCUGCUGCGCUCCGCCAACCUAUGGGCGCAAAUCACGCUGUCGCUCCUGCUCAACUGGCUCAUCGCGCCGCUGCUCAUGCUCGCCCUCGCAGAGGCGACCCUCCCGGACCUCCCCACGUACCGCACCGGCAUCGUCCUUGUCGGCCUCGCCCGCUGCAUCGCCAUGGUCAUGGUCUGGACGAACAUCGCCAAGGGCGAGCCGGACAUGUGCGCGAUCCUCGUCAUCGUCAACUCGGCCCUGCAGAUAGUUCUCUAUGCGCCCAUGGCCGUGCUCUUCAUCGACGUCAUCUCAAACGCCCAGGAGCACGUCCACCUCGAGUAUAGCAAGACGGCGAUCGCAGUUCUCAUCUACCUUGGAAUCCCACUGUCCGCCGGCGUUCUGACGCGCUUCAGCAUGCAGCGCCUGCUCGGCACACGGCGCUUUGACACACACUUUCUGCCGUACUUUGGCAUUCUCAGCCUCGUAGGUCUGCUCUACACCAUCCUCAUCAUCUUUGCUUCCCAGUCCAAGCACAUCCUCCGCAACCUCGGCCCCAGCUUUCGUACCAUCGUGCCCCUCGUGCUGUACUUUUCCAUUAUGUGGAGCGCGACAUUCGCCUUCAUCUACGCGCUCAACAGGCGCGCUAGCAGAAACAAGGGCACAGGAAGGGCAUUCGCAUCGCUUCCGGCGCCAGCGUGCGUCACAUGGGACUACCAGGCCGCCGUCCUGCAAUCCUUCACCGCCGCGUCAAACAACUUUGAGCUGGCCAUCGCCGUCGCCGUUGCCAUCUACGGUGCCGACUCGGACCAAGCGCUCGCCGCGACCGUCGGUCCGCUCGUUGAGAUCCCCGUCCUGCUCCUCCUCACCUGGCUCUCGCUUUUCUUCCGCGCCAGGCUCAACUGGGGCGACGGCGGCGGCGCUGUACCUCGAUGCAGCACAAUGAACCAGCAGGGAAACGUUGAGAAGACGGCGGCGGAGAACGCAGAGAAGGAAUGCAGCUCAGAUGAGGAGCGCCCUGGCGAUCCUGCGAAAUCGAGCGCUUUCGCGAUUGUGGAUGGCGAGAAGCAGUAGCAAGCAAUGCACUAACAUCAUGAUACGGCUGCGAGCAAGGCAGCCAGCCGUAUUCGUACAUAAUGAAUGGAUCCGGAGUAUUUAUUACGCCAACUGGGGCACGUUCUGUAGCAAUAUCGUCAUCGGUCCUCAUCGCAUGCAGUAUUGCAGUAGACGUAUGAAUGGUAC